AUGGAACCCUGGAUGAUGCAGCCGAUCACCUUCUCAGCCAAGGACAUCCCAUCAAAUGGACAAGCACAUGGAGAUCCCUUAGUAGUUACCUUACUCAUCGAGGAGUCGUGGGUGAAAAGGAUACUGAUGGACAGUGGGAGCUUAGUCGAGGUCCUAUUUUACGACACGUUCAAGAGGAUGGAGUUAUCAGGUGAGGUUUUGAUCCCUUUAACUUAUCGGAUCUACGGCUUCAACGGUACAGUGACCGUGCCAAAGGGGGAGGUCACUUUCAGAGACUCGGACGGACAGGGAUACUUGGACACACUUACCACCUUUUGUGUAGUGGAUGUCGUAUCGCCCUAUGAGGCUAUCCUUGGUAGACCUUGGAUCGCGGGUAUCAAAGGUGUGGUAUCGGCAUACCAUCAGAAAUUAAGGUUCCCAUCUUACCGAGGGGUUGUGGAGGUAUUAGGCGAUCCACAGGCUGCAAGACAAUGUAUGCAGCUGGAUAUUCAACAAAAUGAGGAAAGGCGGUCAAGACAGCGCCGAGAAAAGAACAAAGCUAAGGAGGAUAAAGCAGCGGAAGAGUUAGAGAAGGUACUCUCACAAGCCAUUGCGGCCUACGAAACAGAGGAUUACACCCGAGUUGCAGGCAGCGGUAGAGGCCGAGUUAAAGAAGAUACAAAUAGCGGGGAUCAUUCGGAAGGCUCAAUACCCCCAGUGGAUAUCUAA